UUACAAUAUUCAAUAUUUAUUUGUGUAUAUAUUCGCGGCAAGCAAUUAACACUUUGCAAAUGCAACAAGUAUGUGGUAAUGAAGCUGCCUACAGUUAGCAGCAUUGCGAGCAAUAUCACACAAGCAAACCGCAGGCAAAAGCAAUCAGGCUAGAACACUGCGUCUUUAUUUUUUGUGCCUCGCGACUGCGUCCCAGUGCCUAUUACAGCAAGAACAUGGAUGUUGUUUGUGUAAUUGAUACAACCGUCGAUAAAUAUUUGGAGCAGCGCACCUGCGCCAUGGAGGAGGUGAAGCUGGCCGUAAAGGCAGCUGGCGCUAAUUUUCAGCGGGUGCUGUUUGAAAGAUUGGAUUUUGGCGAGACGAAAAAUUUGGAUAUAUUCUAUAAUGCCGAUGUUGCCAUCAUAGACUUAAGCAUCCUGACACAACAAAGCACGCUAUCCUAUCAUUAUGGUGUGCGCGAAAGCUUCGGGAUGAAACAAAAUAUACUCAUCUACAACGAUGUAGACGAUCGCCAGACCCUCAGUCUUAAGCUCUCCUGUGCCAAUUACAUAUUUCUGUCCUACAAACUCAACACAAAGACCAACACAUGUAACCUAACUAAUCUGGGCAAUAAAGAGUCCUCGAGCGAAGGACGUGUGCCUACGCUACAGUCAUGCUUCAAGCGCAUCCUGCAAGACGUCGAAAUACAGUCUAAAGCACACAUGCGCGAGAAGUUUCUGAGCGACUUGCGUACGGCACGUGAUAUUCAUGCCACAAAUGGUGUCAAGCUACAGGCUGUUUUGUAUGAGAUGCGAAAGCGUUUGGACGAUCCACAUGUGCUGUCUGGUGAAGUGGUGCACAGUUUUAUGUGCUCCCUUCGGGAUGUGCAGGACUACGAUGCGAUGGUGCGAUUGGUAAAUGAUCUAAAAAACAUACCGAAUACCAGAAAAUUUGUGGAGACAGGAAAUAUGAGUUUUCUCUACGCCUUUGCUUUGAAUCGGCGCAACCGGAAGGGUGACCGCGAGAAGGCCUUGGAAUCAUCCCUUUGCGCACUAGAAAAGAAAGAAAAUCACUUUCCCGACAUGCUGUGCCUGUGCGGUCGCAUCUACAAGGAUAUUUUCGUGGAAUCCGACUGCACAGAUGCCACCAGCUUAGCCCAAGCCAUUAAAUGGUAUCGCCAGAGCUUCGAAGUGCAGCCAAAUGAAUAUGCGGGCAUUAAUUUGGCUACACUGCUGGUCAUUGAGGGCAAGGAGUUCAGCAAUACAGAGGAAUUGCAACACAUCGGCAUGACGCUGAAUAAUCUCAUUGGGAAGAAGGGCAGCCUGGCAUCGUUGACCGAGUAUUGGGAUGUGGCCACAUUCUUCGAGAUAUCUGUGCUGGCCGAGGAUUAUGCAAAGGCUAUACAAGCAGCCGAAUGUAUGUUUAAACUGAAGCCUCCUAAUUGGUAUCUAAAGUCCACAAUUGGCAACAUUUCCCUCAUACAUCGGUUUCGUAAGAAGCCAGAGGAUCGUCUGCCCACCAUUGAGGAGCAAAUAUUUCAGUUCUGGAUGGACUUCUUUCUAGGUGCCACCAACACAGAGGAGAUUAAUAGCAUUCGCUUUCCCAUAUUGAUACUCGAACCGCAGAAAAUUUACAUGCCCAGUUAUGUGACCAUUAACAUGGAUGCGGACGAAAAGUCCAUACAGAUAGUUAACUUAUGUCUCGCGCAUUCAAAAAAUGAGUGCAAAAAGCUGCAUGAUUUUUUAUUUGUUGCGUCCAAAAUCAAAUCAGUCAGUCUUUAUAAACGGGACGAUCGAUGCGCCUAUUUAUAUGUGCACCACAACUCAGAUGAUUUUCAAAUCUAUUUUCCGUCCACCGAAUGCCGAAAGAAGUUCUACAAUCUGAUAUUAGACAUGACUGCCGAUCAGGAAGUGUUUGUAAAUCUCAGCAACGAUGAAGCCCAAAUAGAGUUCGAGUACGAUUACGACGAUCAGAAUCGUAAAAUAGUGCUGGGCAAGGGCACCUAUGGAACCGUUUACGCCGCUCGGGAUAAGCAGACCCAGGUUCGCAUUGCCAUCAAAGAGGUGCCUGAGAAGAACAUACAGGAUGUACAGCCUCUGCACGAGGAAAUCAAGCUGCACUCCCAACUCCGUCAUCGCAAUAUUGUACAGUAUUUGGGCUCACGUUCCGAGUUGGGUUUCUUCAAGAUCUUCAUGGAACAAGUGCCCGGCGGCUCACUAUCGGAUUUACUCAAAACCAAAUGGGGACCCCUGAAGGACAACGAGUCGACAAUGGCCUUCUAUUCGAAGCAAAUACUGGAGGGCCUCAAAUAUUUGCACGAACAGGAUAUUGUGCAUCGUGACAUUAAAGGUGAUAAUGUGUUGGUCAACACAUACAGCGGAGUGGUUAAAAUAUCAGAUUUCGGUACCUCCAAGCGCUUGGCUCGCAUCAAUCCCAUGACGGAAACGUUUACGGGCACGUUGCAGUAUAUGGCGCCCGAGGUCAUCGAUCAGGGUGUGCGUGGCUAUGGACCGGCGGCUGAUAUUUGGUCGUUUGGUUGCACCAAUGUGGAAAUGGCAACGGGCAAGCCGCCAUUUAUUGAGCUGGGCAGUGCGCAGGCUGCAAUGUUUAAAGUGGGCUUCUAUAAAAAGCAUCCUGGAAUACCCGAGGAGCUGUCGUCCAAUGCGAAGAAUUUUAUACUACGCUGCUUUGCUAUCAGCGUGAAUGACAGACCAUCAGCCGCGCAGCUGCUUGCUGACGCUUUUCUAGUUGACAAGCAGCGCAAACGACCCAUACCCCCUCUGAAUACAGAUUUCGGACGUAGCAUAUCCGUGCCUGCCGAUCGUUUAGUGCACAAAACGACACCACCUCUGAUGUACAAUACCACCUGCAACACACCGACAACGCCAGAAUUGGAUGUCACGCACACCUCCUCGGUGGACAUUGAUGAGUUGACCACCAAUCAGUUGGUGUUCGAUCGUCGAAACUCGUCUGGAUUUCUAUUGUCACCCGAAAUUGAAGCGACCACACCCUCAUUGCGUACCAGCAUUGGUGAGACAAGCGAAACAGAUGGCUUUUAUAGAUUGAAAAAGGACUCACAACGUCGAACAACGCUGUCCAAAGUGCUGGCGCUAGAUGAGUCCAAAAUCUGCGAUAUUUGGCUAAAGAAGAUCAGUGCCGAUCAUAAUGCAACCAUAGUCAUACGCAAAAGUGAUCUGCAGCUGUUAAUUUGUGGACUACGCGACUAUAUAAUCAAUGAAAAUGAGAAGCAUUUGGAAGGCACAAUCAAUGAGCUAAAGGAGAAGCUGAACAACGAUGCUGUGGCAUUAGAUCAUUUGCAUUUGGCGCUAUACUCGUUUCAGGAUGCUGUCGUUUCGGUGCUGCGGCUGCACUGCAUCAAGCCCCACUGGAUGUUUGCAUUGGAUAAUUUGGUUAAGCGUGCUGUACAAGCAGCCGUCACCAUUUUCUCACCCGAACUCGGCGCCAAUUUGGCCGACAAGGAUCUUUCUGGCAACGAUGAUGAGAGUGUGCACACAGCCCAGCAAACGUCAACGGACAGUCAGGAGAAGCCACAGAUAGGUCUAGAUAAGCCGUUGCCCAUUAGCGCCAGUCACAGCGCCAGCGGCUUGACACAAAUGGAGAGCGAAGCGGGUGCUAUGAACACUUCAGUGGAAUGUGUGCGCAUUUUACGCGACAUACGCGACAAUCAGAAGCUACUGCGUCGUCAGAUAAUUGAGCAUCAGCGUCAGAAUUUGCGUGCCCUCCACAAUAUCAGUCAUGAGCUGGCGCACAUCUAUAUGGGCGGACGCAAGCGAUCCAGACGCAGCUUUAACACCUUUAAUAAAAAGUGCCAUAGAAUGAAUCCCAGCAGUGCUGUGCAGCGCAAUAAUAAUGGUGCCAAUGUCAAUUCCAAUAAUAUUCGGACUCUGAGCAAGCACAACUUUGGUCUACACGAAGUAGACGAGCAGUUGGAGCAGUGGCUGUCCCAGCAUGAUAUUGACGAGUUCUCAAAAACGGUCAUCUUGAACGAAGCCUUCACAUUUGAGGAUUUCAUAUAUAAUAUGGAGAAAAUGGACCUCAUGCGUCUGGGCUUGCGAAUUGGCGUUGAGGUGCGUAUUUGGAAACUCAUCAUACAGGAACGUGCCUGCACCACAGAUUUUACGGAUAGUGGACAAUCGGAUAUACAAGUAUGCCGCAAGCCUGUAACAACAACAACAACGUCAACAAUAUCCAGCGUCGAUGACUUGCUUAAAACUAAAAUUAAGAAAAGCGAAAGCGAAUAUGAUUCGUGUACUGAUUGACGAUUGAAGAAGGCAGCUAAUUGAUUGCCAUUGCAAUAUUUACCCAAAUACCAGUAGUUGUUGUUAUUGUUGUUAUUUCAACUGAUUAAUUAUUAAUGUUAAUUUAAAUAUUUGUGCUACUAACCGCUGGCAAUGGUUUAUUAUGCCUGAAGCGCCUUACAAAUUGCAUGUUACGCGUAACUUAUAUUAAGCAAAUGAAUUUUAUUGCAGAAUGCUGUUAACUUUUAAGUGCCUUUAAUUUAAAACAAAAACAAAACCUGAAAAUAUAUUGUGAAGAAUUUGAAAUGUGA